UUUUUAAGCCAGAUUUUAAUUUUAAGAAAAUUUUUAUUCAGACAAGAAAUGGAAUUUGACGAUUUUGGAGAUUUAUUUGGAGAUGAAGUGCUCGAAAUGGAUGAAAAAGACGUUGAGAAAGAUGAAGUUGAACAAGAAAAAAAUACCCAAAAAGCAAAAGAUUUGGAAAAUGUUUGGGAAAAAACUGAGGAAGACGAAACAAAAAAUUCCAAAAGAAAAAUUAGAAGGCCUCAACCAAAAUUAUCCGAAAGAGAAUUAACUUCUGAAAAAGGAAUUGAAGCGUUAAAAGCUUCUUUUGAUAAUUUUAAUUUUCCAAAAGAAUAUGAUCCUUAUCAAAAAUUGGAUAUACUUUUAAAUAAAAUGGAAUGUUGGGCACACAAUCUCUUCCCUAAAAUGAAUUUUGAUGAUUGUUUGGAUAAAAUUGAAAAGUUGGGAAGGAAACGUUUAGCAACAAUGAAAAGACUACGCCCUGGAUUUUCUCAGGCUGAAGAUGAUGAUGAAAUAGUUGAGGAGGAAAAUGUUGAAAAGGAUGAGAAUACCCCAACAAUCAAUUCAAAACAAACUCAUAAAAAGGACCAAAAGAUGAUCAAAAAAUUGAUUGAAUCUAGUGACGAGGACAACGAUGAUUUGGAUAAAUAUUUGGAUUCUUUAAAAACUCAACAAAGCAAUCAACAAAAAGAUGAAGAAAUGAGAGAAAAAGAUUCUGACGAAAAUUCUGAAAUUAUGCAAACAGAAAAGAAGGUAAAGAGAAGGAAAGUAAUUGAUGAGGAUGAAUAG